CGCGUGCGCUGCGAGUCAAAUUGUUCAAAGUGAUUGUAUACAGAUGUAUACUACCGGAGAGCUCCGACUCUAAGCGAUGAGCGCCCACCACAAGUUCUCGCUGCACGGGGAGCACAGCUACCUUAAGAUCGCCAUCUUCUCUGAGGAUGGAGCCAUCCCCGUCGCGGACGUGAAACAGCUCAAGUUCGCUCUAGACAACACACUCAAGACAGCAUUCGGCGUGGUAGGCGCUUCGGCUAGCGAGUUCGACGUCUUGUCCUUCGAGAAAAUGCCCGCCAAUAAUAGCGAACCCAGUACAGCCCUACUGCGAGUCCAACGUGGCGGACUGGAGACGUUAAGGGGUGCCAUCACCAUGUGUGCGACCCUCAACGGAAAACUGUGCAAGCUUGAGGUCCUACACAUGGGCGACUCACUUAUGGAUAUGGCCUCUGGGAGAUUCUUAUAGACGGUAGGGACACAAUAUAGAGAUAGUGACAACAAACGCUAGGUAUUGAGAAGUCUAUCCGCCUACACAGCCGCUUCAGGAGCUCCAACAACGAUCGUCUUCUCGGAGAAAGCAGAGCGUUUGCGGUUGCGCUUGAGCAGUACAAUGCGAUCAAUGGGGUCGUUGUGAGCAUUUAGCCGCAUGGUCGAGCGCUGAUCGCCCAUAUUGCCACCAGUACUCAAUACAUUUUGCAUGGAUGACAGACGCGAGACACUAGAAGUAGCCUGCAUAGCAGCGUUCAGCGACUGGACCGAGGCUGUGAAUGAUGGGAUCGACGGUGACGAGCGACGCCGCCGCAGCUCUCGACCGGUCGGUACACGUUGACGCGUUUGGCCUUGCUCCUCUUCAUCCUCAAUGCGAAGCGUAUCAAGCACUUCGUCCGUCAAUGUUGCUCGAUCAAAAGCGUUGAGCACGAACUGGCGUAGUGCUAAACGGUAGCUGUACUUCUCCAGUAGAGCGUGCACAUACAUCAGCAGCACGGGCUCUUCGAACAACUCGGGUUUUGAUGAGCGCAGCUUGUUGAGCGAAGCAUGGGCCUCCUUCUGCGUGAUGUGGUUGCUCAAAUCAGCAACAAAGCGCAAUACUUCGCGCCACUCGUUGGGCAUCUUGUCACGUCUACGGAUGAAAAGACGCUGGAGAGGUGAAGCAUGAGGUGUCUGCGUCAAUGGACAGGGUGUUGGGGAUCUAGACGGGGGCCACAUAAACAGUGACGUGCAGUUCUGCGGGACGGCGAUAGAAGUACGGGAUGCAUCUCGCGGAGCAUCCCAGCCAAGACGUGCUAAGUGACGUUGACCAGCAGGUGACCGUGCUAGCAAACCCAGCACGAAGAAGCACGUUCCUCGAAUGGAUACCAGCGGAGAAUCUGUGGCCAGUUUCACGAUCAUCUCCACAAAGUCUUGAGCGUAGUGGUUCAGAAGGUCGUAUCCACGUGGUGUGGCUGACACGUGGCCAAGUGCCCAGAGAGCAGCACGCUUUUCAAGUGGAACGCUUGCGGCGUCACGAAGACAGGCGAGGAAUUCUGGUAAAUGGCCCGAUGAAUGCAGGAUCUGGCAGCCAGCACUAGUCUUCGCCAGCUCGCCGUACAGAUGCACUGGUAGCGGUACGGUACGCGGGCGAAGAGGAAGUAACUGCAGAGUAAACUCGACGGACUUAAGCAGUAGCCGCUUUACACUGCCGUUUGACGUGUUGGUGCCAGCUGCCGAGUCCAUUUCCACUCGGAAAUUCCACACAGCACGCUCUCCAGGAGCACAUAGCGAGCACUCCGGCGCUGUCAGAUACUGCGGUGACCGCUGCUCGGGCUGACAUGAACUCCAGUCCUUGUUCUCUUCCUUCGCUGCGUCGAUCGAAGACGCUCCAGUAUCGGCAAAGUCCAGUGAUGAAGACAUCAUGGUCUCUGACCCGCGGUCCAUAUUCCCUGUAGUCGAGUUCGAGGCCGAUCGUGCACGUAGCAUUUUCUGUUGCGUAUCAGUUGAAAGAGCAGACCCACCGCCGGAUGCAGAUGCGUUUGUAGACACGAAGCCUCCAUUACUCUGCGGAGGAGGCUUUGUAAAGCCACGUCGGUCUACCGGUUGCGUGCCCAGGAACAGACAAGCUUGUAGUGUCUGUUGUGAGUUCACGACCACAGGUUGAGGCAUGUUACGCGCAUCUACAACAAUUCCCU